GGUUUACCGACUGGUUCCCGGGGCCGGGCCUGUUCCACCAGGAACCGCCAGGCUGCCCGAUCCUUUCCUCACAGUGGAGCCGGGAGAGCUCAGCUUCCACGUUCAGCUUCAGCCCAGGGAGAGCGGCGACCGACGCGCGAUCCGCGCCCCCGUCCCCGCCCCCGCCCCCACCACGGCCCGGCCCGGCAACAGGCUGCGGAUGCUGGAUAAUUUCUGAGGAAGUCCUAAAGAUGCUUUGUAUUAUCCUUCACUUGUACGAGAUACCUCUGCCCACGAUGCUGAUUUUAAUGUUUUCAUCAGAGCACAUGAGCUCAGAAUGAUACGAUGGAAAGCGGGGGCACCCCCCUGCUGCCAGACACCAUUCUCCUCGAAGUGUUCCAGAACAUGGAGCACCAGGAUGUCCUCGCUGCUGGUGGCACCUGCAGGCAGUGGUACGGAGUGUCUCGUGACGAUUUUCUGUGGAGGGAUCUCUUCUAUCGUUAUUACAAUGUGAAUCGAUCGAUUCCCCGACAUCCAGCUGCUUCUUCGUGGCUGGGCGAGUUCCAGAGGCUGUAUGAUACAAUUCCUUGUGUGCAAGUGGCAACUUUGAAGGAACAUCGAGACCAGGUCUUGCACGUCAGCUUUUCUCAUAAUGGGUACUUCUUUAGCUCCUGCUCCAAGGAUUGUUUUGUCAAGAUAUGGAACAAUGAUUUGGAAAUUUCAGUGUUACACAGUGCUAAUAUGCGCCCCUACAAUUGGAGCUACACCCAGUUUUCCCAAUUCAAUACUGAAGAUACACUCCUCCUUGUAUCUGGGGUCUAUAUUGGACCUCACAGCUCAUCCUCUGGUGAAAUCGCAGUCUUCAAUCUAGAUGACUUCACAUUGCUAUCCCGAGUGAGGAAUAAACCCUACGAUGUCUUUGGCUGUUGGUUAAAUGAAACGCAUUUAAUCUCUGGGAAUCUGCACUGGAUUGGGAACAUGACAUCUUGCUCAGUGCUCUGGUUAAACAAAGCCUAUCAGGAUAUUGAAUCAGAAAAUAUAAAUGUGGUGAAGAGACUGUUCCAGCUGCAGAAUCGCAAUGCCAGCACCAUUCGCACAGUGAUGGUGGCGGACUGCAGCAGACACGACACUCCAGACCUUCUGCUGGGCCUCGAGCAGCCAGGACUCAAUUCAUCCCCCUGGGUGUUUAACCUGGGCAGCGACAGCGAGGACGAAUGUUGCAACAAACCGAAGCACGCCAGCGAGAGUGCGAAUGAGGCAAUGGCCGGAGUUCAGGAUCGUGCAGAGCUGGAGGCAAACAUGCCCUCUGAAGGUCUCCAGCCCCUGAUGAGUGAGAAGCAGUUGGAGGCACGAGUGGCGGAACUUUUUCUGCAGGCCAAGACGAAACCUGUGGACGUAAACAUACUGGCAGAACAUCAGGCAGAUCAAAAAAAAUACUUGAUCUUCACCACAGGAAGCCUUACCUACACACCACAUCAGAUAGGCAUUAAGCAAAUAUUGCCUCAUCACAUGGAAACAACAGGACCAGUUUUGGGGGAAGAACGGAGCUCCAAUGAGUUCUUCGAUCCUCUGGAUCACACGAUUGAUGUCCACGGUCACAUCAUUGGGAUGGGUCUGUCUCCAGACCACAGGUACUUGUAUGUAAACAGUCGUGCCUGGCCCAAGGGCUGCAUCAUCAGUGACCCCAUGAACCCUCCACCCAUUGCUGAGGAGAUUGAUAUCCAUGUAUUUGAUCUGAAGACGAUGCAGGAAGUAACACAGACUCUGCGUGCACACACAGCAUACACUCCCAACGACGAGUGCUUCUUUAUCUUCUUGGACGUCAGCAGGGAUUACGUGGCCAGUGGUGCUGAGGACCGGCAUGGCUACAUUUGGGACAGGCACUACAACAUCUGCCUGGCAAAGUUACAGCAUGAGGAUGUGGUAAACUCUGUGGCCUUCAGCCCUAUGGACCAGGAGAUGCUGAUCACAGCCAGCGAUGACUGCACAUUGAAGGUCUGGCGCUCACCCCGCGUCCUGCGUAUCAUCAACACCAAGCCCAGUCGGAAGAAAUUCUCCUUUUUUUGGCUCAAUAAAAAGUGACCAGUGAAUGGACAGGCAGAGAGGGGCUGUGAGGAUGGUGGGUAGAGAAGAGCUGCCUGUGAAUACCCAACAUCUGAUUCUGCUCAGCCCAUCCAAAUGACUUCAAACCUUCAGGAAAUUGGUGCAAAGGGGAGAAUAAGAAAAUUCAUUGAGUUUUAUUCAUUAUCCUCCAAGUUGCUCAAGUACGCAAGUAUGGUACUAGUCAAUCGGCGUUGAAUGAAUCUGAAGACAAGUGCUUCUCACAAACUACAUCUGGACAUUAACUUAAUUUGCACGUCAUCACAAAUCAGCAGAUGGUCCUUGCCAGCUGUUCUUCCUGAACUGGUGCCAGAACAAGGGUUCCUGUUCCCAUAACAGCCUUACAGGUGGGGCCCACGGCCAAACUAAUUUGGUAGUUUGAAGAAUAACCGAACAAACCCAAUUCUCCAGGGCUGAAACCCUGCAUUUAAAGCUGGGGUUGUCUUCUUGAUGUUGUAAUCUUAAUAUAAAAUGUACACUUGUUUGUUCAUUCUAAUUCCAGAAUGUUCUCUACACAAUAAACAGAUUCACAAGGUG